CACUUAUAACCCUAAUUUUUUUAUAAAUAAUCCUUUUGAAAAGCAAAGUUGACCAUUCUUACAUCCAUUUCCAUUUGAUCUGUUCCAUAAUUAGACUCCUACAAUAGAAAUACAUCUUCUUUUAGCCCCUUUUUUAGCUUUUUGAACAGUAAACUCACAAACAUCAUAUUUACACUCAUGCAUUGAAAAUCCUCCGUGAGUCCCCGUCGUCCCUGAAGGGGUUAAACGGCCCCCAGAAGCUUCAUGCUUGUGGCCCCCGUGCAGCGAUCUGACAGCAGCCGUCUCACUCUGACGUCAUUUACUCGCAGGAACACGGAGAGAAAAAAAUACAGAUUCUUUUUAAAGCAAAACUGGUUUAUUGAAGGCAUCCGAACUGGGGGAGAAGAAACAACAAACUCCCAUGAUGCAACGCCACGACAACACGCGAUAUAAAAAAUGACAUUGUGCGUGUAUAACCGUAGAAACCAAACGUCUCUUUGACAACAACACAUUAGAUCUUCAUUUACACAUAUAUAUUUCUAUGUAAAGUGUGUCUGAACUCGUGUGUGUGUGUGUGUGUGGACAGCAGAAGCAUCAUGGAGGAGUUAGACGUUCCACAGAUGAGGAGAGAAGUAGAAAGCCUCCAGUACCAGCUGGCAAUCAACAGAGAGAAAUCCUCCAUCACCGUCACUGAGCUGGUGAAGUGGAUCGAGGGUUGUGUUUGUGACGAUCCAUUUCUGAACCCUGAGCUGAUGAGAGCCAACCCCUGGGUGGAGAAGGGCAAGUGUGUGAUCCUCUAAUGAUCACACACACACACACACACACACGCACAAACAUGCACACACAAUCACGGCUGCACAUAAACUAAAGAAUCAUGCACGCCCACGCACGCUGCACCAACUCACUCAUUCUUCCCCCCUCCCCCCCUCUCUCACACACACACACACAUAUUAUUGCAACUAUCAUGUUUAUUUAUUGGGAGACUCCUGAAUGCUUUUAAUUUAUGUAGAGACGCCCGUGUCUUUGUGUGUGAGCGUGCAGCACUGAGUAGCUUUCUAGAAGUUUGUUUUCAUGGACUGGUGGGAAAUGUUCAACGCCACGUUUCUAUUGGCUCUUUACACUGUCAAUCAAAAUAAAAGACUGUUUUGAAUUUAA